CUCGAACGAUAUUUCAAGGCAAGCACAGAGGUGACCCUUCUGUCUAGUCCAAAGAGGGAGAGUAGUUUCUGUUGUCGUGGAAGAUCUUCUGUCUUAAGCUAAAUAUGGCCGACCCAAUCCGUGUUCUGGUGACUGGCGCUGCAGGACAGAUUGCCUACUCUCUUCUGUACAGCAUUGCCAAGGGAGAUGUCUUCGGCAAGGACCAGCCUAUCAUCCUGGUCCUGUUGGACAUCCCUCCCAUGUUGCCAGUCCUGGAGGGGGUUGUGAUGGAGCUGCAGGACUGUGCUCUCCCCCUCCUGAAGGAGGUCAUCCCCACCGACAAGGUGGAGGUGGGCUUCAAGGACCUGGACGCCGCCAUCUUGGUGGGUUCCAUGCCCAGGAAGGAGGGCAUGGAGAGGAAGGAUCUCCUCAAGGCCAACGUGGCCAUCUUUAAGACCCAGGGAGCCGCCCUGGAGAAGUAUGCCAAGAAGACUGUCAAGGUCCUGGUGGUGGGGAACCCAGCCAACACCAACUGCCUGGUUGCCUCCAAGUCUGCUCCCUCCAUUCCCAAGGAGAACUUCUCCUGCCUCACCCGCCUGGACCACAACAGGGCCACUUCCCAGGUGGCGAUGCGCUGCAGUGUGUCUGCUGACAAGGUGAAGAACGUCAUCAUCUGGGGAAACCACUCGUCCACCCAGUAUCCCGAUGUCCACCACGCUAAAGUCAACAUCCAUGGCAAGGAGGUGUCCGCCUUUGACGCGGUCAAGGACGACAGUUGGCUGAAGGGAGACUUCAUCUCGACAGUGCAGCUGCGCGGCGCCGCCGUCAUCAAGGCCAGGAAGCUGUCCAGCGCCAUGUCUGCGGCCAAGGCCAUCUGUGACCACAUGAGGGACAUUUGGUUUGGCACUCGUGAGGGCGAGUUCAUCUCCAUGGGAGUGUAUGCUGGUGGAAACUCCUACGGAAUCCCUGAAGAUCUCAUUUACUCAUUCCCUAUCCACAUCAAGAACAAGAGCUGGACAGUGGAGGAUGGGCUCCCCAUCAACGACUUCUCCCGCGCCAAGAUGGAUGCCACCGCCGCCGAGCUGGUGGAGGAGAGAGACACCGCCCUGUCCUUCCUGUCCCAGUGACUGGCACCACCCGAAGACGCACAGCAGCAGCACUUAGACACCCAGAAACCUCCUGACUCGCGGCUGUAAAAAAAACAAAAAAACAACCUCAUCGUCCUUCCACUGUUGUGUCCCGUUACAUGCCUCUUGUGUGUUUUCCUCCCCAGUAUGUAUGUGUGUUUGUGUGUGUGGUCCAACAGUUGGAGAUUAACUCAUGUAAUUACUACAUUCGCAACUUGGCUUUGUAGGAAGACACUUGAAGAAUGUCCUUUCGGUAGAUGGCAACGCACAAUAGUUGUCCAGAACGUGUAUUGGAACGUUCUAUCCAACAAUAAAACAAAGACAAAA